ACUCAAUUAGAGAACUUUUACUUCCUAAAAUCCAGACUUUUAUUGCUACCCGGGAUACAGGGAUGGUUGAACCUUUAAGUCUGCAAAAACUUUUUGACAGCUAUGAACAAAUUAGAGCCAAGACAAGCUCGUAUUUUAUUGGUUGGCGUUCGAUUCACUGCUUCCAAACAGAGCUAUAUAAACCCACGGCGUCCAACGUACUGCCUCAAUUAUACUUGUAACUGAGGCAGUUAACUUAUAUCUAACUUAUUUAUUGAAGUAACUUAUUGUUAAGUCAAACAUUUGCGAAGAUGCAGGCAGUUGGGCUGAUCAGUAUCGUGAUGGCGAUGAUGGUCGUGGUGACAUCGGCGGCGCCGAUGAAGGUGGCGAAGGCAAAGGGUUGCAGGGGACUAGCCAAGUAUCGACUGACGGUCGAGACGGAAUGGUCCAAGGUGGCGUUUCCGAAGCAGUUCCCCCUUUAUCGUCCACAUGCACAAUGGUCAAAGCUAAUUGGUCGCACCCACAGCAGCAAAUACUCAUUCUGGUCGGUUGGGGCACUUGCUUCUGAAGGGGUGAAGGAAUUUGCAGAAACUGGAAGAACAAGGGUACUCGAUGGGGAGCCACAAGGGUAUGAUGGAGUCCUUGACGUGUUCUACGCUCCACCGAUCCAGAAGGGAGUCGGCCAGACACAUGUUAAGGUUCUCGUUGAUGCGACACAUUCAAAGGUGUCAUUCAUGGUAAAACUCAUUCCAAGCCCUGAUUGGUUCAUUGGUCUCGAUAGCACUGACUUAUGUCAGGAAGGCAAGUGGGCAGAGUACAAGAAAUUCGACCUUGGACCCGUAGAUGGUGGUACGGAUAAAGGAUAUACAUUCAGCGCCCCUAAUUGGCCUUCAAUUCCACCACAGGCUAUACAUAAAAUGAACGCAUCGUUCCCGAACCACCCAGCAAAUUCGUUCUACUAUCCAGGGGCAAAGAAGCUUCCACGAUUAGGCGUCGUUUUCUUCGAAAAGGUUGGGACAUACGACUCAAAUGGUAAGGAACUGGAUGAUGAAUUAAAAGACAAUUCCAAUGAAGCAGCCGACAACACCGAACAACGCGAUGAAGUCAUUCCAAACCUGAAGGCAAAGAUGGAUGAAGAGGCGAAGCAAGGACUGAGACAGAAGAUCGUUCUGCCGUACAAGCCAGGCACCGAGGGUGUCAUUGGGGGAUUCCGAGUACGUCUCACUACAAAAACAACACCAAGUGUUCUUGAUGACAAACAGACGGAUGUCAAAAGCGAUCGUUUCAAGGCGUACCUUACUCAGACUGGUAACGAAGAAGAUAUGACACAAACUGAUGUCUCAGUAAUUCUACCUGCUGAGGACUACAACCCAAUCCGACCGUAUGAAAAGGACACACCAGAUCAAAAGGUGGAAGGCCAAGAACUGAUGCCUUUAGACUGCAAUGUUUCACCAUGGGGUAGCUGGUCACCUUGCUCGAAGACUUGUGGAUUCGGGGAGCACACACGACAUAGAUAUAUUACUGAGAAACCACAGAACGGUGGUGCAUCUUGUCCGCCCCUCCAGGAAACAAAAACCUGUGGAAGCAUGCGCUCGUGCAGUUGGAACCACUUCCAGUCUGGAAUUUUCGCCAAGAAACAGCCUGCAAGACGACCGGUGAACAGAAAAAUUAUCCGACGCCCGGUCGGUCACCCCCCAAGACCAGGAAUGAGAAGGCGUAAGGUCCGCAUUGGAUACCGCAAGCCAUUAUAGACAUUUGGUUUGUCUGAGUGUCAUUUAGUCAUCAAUAAUAAAACCAAACUGUAAGAGUU